AUGUCAGAUUCCAACACAACUGACUACACCAACCCCUCCACGUUCAUCCUGCUGGGCAUUCCUGGCCUGGAGAUGGUCCAUGUCUGGAUCUCCAUCCCCUUCUGUACCAUGUACAUCAUAGCCAUCUUGGGGAACUUCAUCAUCCUGUUCAUCGUGAAGAGGGAGCCAAACCUCCAUGGGCCCAUGUACUAUUUCCUCUGUAUGCUGGCUGUCAGCGACCUGGUCCUGUCCACAUCAAUUCUACCCAAAAUGCUGGCAAUCUUUUGGUUCAAUUCCAGGGAGAUCGAUUUCAGUGCCUGCCUCACCCAGAUGUACUUCAUUCGCUGCUUCUCAGUGAUGGAGUCUGGGAUCCUCGUGGCCAUGGCUUUUGAUCGCUACGUGGCUAUCUGCAAUCCCCUGAGACAUUCCACCAUCCUGACAAACCCCAUUGUGGCCAAGAUAGGUCUGGCUGUGGUAUUGCGUGGUGGCACACUUAUACUUCCUCAUCCCUUCCUGGCGAGGCAGUGGCCAUAUUGCAGAACCAACAUCAUCCCCCAUUCUUACUGUGAGCACAUAGCCGUGGUGAAACUGGCCUGUGCCGACAUCCGUGUCAGUAGUUACUACAGCCUCUCUGUGGCAUUCUUGGUGACUGGUCUGGAUGUGUUUUUUAUCACUGUGUCCUAUAUCCAGAUCCUCAGGGCCAUCUUCCGCCUCCCCACAAAGGAUGCCCGAGUCAAGACUUUUGUGACCUGUGGCUCCCACAUCUUUGUCAUCUUAGCCUCUUACAUGCCAGCUCUCUUCUCCUUCCUCACAAACCGUUUUGGCCACAACGUGGCCCUGCAUUUUCACAUUCUCAUUGCCAACGUGUACCUUAUGGUGCCCCCUGUGGUACACCCCAUCAUCUACGGUGUGAGGACCAAAGAAAUCCGGGACAGGCUGCUCCGGCUAUUUACUCACAAAGGGACCUAA